UCAUGACCCGGCGGCGGGGCCCCGGAUCUCUCGGCCUCCGCCUCCGCCUCCUGCUCCUCCUGGCAGCCCCAGCCCGCGGCUGAGACCCAGACCCACCGGCGGUAUGGCAUCACAGCUGCAGGUGUUCUCCCCCCCGACAGUCUCGUCGAGUGCCUUCUGCAGUGCAAAGAAACUGAAAAUAGAGCCUUCUGGCUGGGAUGUUUCAGGACAGAGCAGCAACGAAAAGUAUUAUCCCCACAGCAAGAACCUCUCGGCCGCACAGGGGCAAGCCAGCUCCUCUCACCAGGUGACAAGUUUCAACCUCCCUCCUUACGACCAGAGCCUCCUCCUGCCAGCUCCCACGGUGGAGCACAUAGUGGUCACCGCCGCUGACAGCACAGGUGGUGCUGCCACCACCUCCUUCCAGAGCAGCCAGACCCUUCCUCACAGAGGCAACGUUUCUUUGCUGGAGCCCUAUCAAAAAUGUGGAUUGAAAAGAAAAAGUGAGGAGGUGGACAGCAACGGCAGCGUGCAGAUCAUAGAAGAACAUCCCCCUCUCAUGCUGCAGAACAGGACUGUGGUGGGCGCUGCUGCCACGACCACCACCGUGACCACCAAGAACAGCAAUGCCAGCGGAGAAGGGGAUUACCAGCUGGUCCAGCAUGAGAUCCUUUGCUCCAUGACCAACAGCUACGAAGUCCUAGAGUUCUUGGGCCGGGGGACAUUCGGGCAGGUGGCAAAGUGCUGGAAGCGGAGUACCAAGGAAAUUGUCGCGAUCAAGAUCUUGAAAAACCACCCUUCCUAUGCCCGACAGGGCCAGAUCGAAGUGAGCAUCCUCUCCCGCCUGAGCAGUGAGAAUGCUGACGAGUACAACUUUGUCCGUUCUUAUGAGUGCUUCCAGCACAAGAAUCACACCUGCCUUGUGUUCGAGAUGCUGGAGCAGAACUUAUAUGAUUUCCUCAAGCAGAACAAGUUUAGUCCACUGCCGCUGAAGUACAUCCGGCCAAUCCUGCAGCAGGUGGCCACUGCUCUGAUGAAGCUCAAGAGCCUUGGCUUGAUCCAUGCUGACCUAAAGCCAGAAAACAUCAUGCUGGUGGAUCCCGUGCGCCAGCCAUACCGUGUGAAGGUCAUUGACUUUGGCUCUGCCAGUCACGUAUCCAAAGCUGUGUGCUCCACCUAUUUACAGUCACGGUACUACAGAGCUCCUGAAAUCAUUCUUGGACUGCCAUUUUGUGAAGCUAUUGAUAUGUGGUCCUUGGGCUGUGUGAUAGCUGAGCUGUUCCUGGGGUGGCCUCUCUAUCCUGGUGCUUCAGAAUAUGAUCAGAUUCGUUACAUUUCACAAACACAAGGUCUGCCAGCAGAAUAUCUUUUGAGUGCAGGAACAAAAACAAGCAGGUUUUUCAACAGAGAUCCUAAUUUGGGUUACCCCCUGUGGAGACUAAAGACACCAGAGGAACAUGAAUUAGAAACAGGAAUAAAAUCAAAAGAAGCCCGGAAGUACAUAUUCAACUGUUUAGAUGACAUGGCCCAGGUGAAUAUGUCUACAGACUUAGAGGGAACUGAUAUGUUGGCAGAAAAGGCGGAUCGAAGAGAGUACAUUGAUUUGUUAAAAAAGAUGUUGACAAUUGAUGCAGAUAAGAGAAUUACUCCACUGAAAACCCUCAACCACCCAUUUGUGACAAUGACUCAUCUUUUGGAUUUCCCACACAGCAAUCAUGUUAAGUCAUGCUUUCAGAAUAUGGAGAUCUGCAAAAGGAGGGGUCAUAUGUAUGAUACGGUGAAACAGAUCAAGAGCCCAUUCACCACUCAUGUUGCCCCCAACACAAGCACAAAUCUAACUAUGACCUUUAGCAACCAGCUCAAUACCGGGCACAAUCAGGCCAGUGUUUUAGCAUCCAGUUCCACUGCAGCAGCUGCCACUCUCUCUCUGGCUAAUUCGGAUGUCUCCCUGCUAAACUACCAGUCUGCUCUGUACCCAUCGUCGGCAGCACCUGUUGCAGGAGUUGCCCAGCAGAGUGUUUCCUUGCAGCCUGGAACUACUCAGAUUUGCACUCAGACAGAUCCAUUCCAGCAGACAUUCAUCGUGUGUCCACCUGCUUUUCAAACUGGACUCCAGGCACCUGCGAAGCAUUCUGGAUUCCCUGUGAGGAUGGAUAAUGCUGUGCCAAUUGUGCCCCAGGCGCCUGCUGCUCAACCACUACAGAUCCAGUCAGGAGUUCUCACCCAGGGAAGCUGUACACCACUAAUGGUAGCAACUCUCCAUCCUCAAGUAGCCACCAUCACACCGCAGUAUGCGGUGCCCUUUACUCUGAGCUGCGCAGCCGGCCGGCCGGCGCUGGUUGAACAGACUGCCGCUGUACUGCAGGCUUGGCCUGGAGGGACCCAGCAGAUACUCUUGCCUUCAACUUGGCAGCAGUUGCCUGGGGUAGCUCUACACAAUUCUGUCCAGCCCACAGCAGUUAUUCCAGAGACCAUGGGGAGUAGCCAGCAGCUGGGAGACUGGAGGAAUGCCCACUCACAUGGCAGCCAGUACAGUACCCUCAUGCAGCAGCCCUCCCUGCUGACGAACCACGUGACUCUGGCCACAGCUCAGCCUCUCAAUGUUGGUGUUGCUCAUGUCGUCAGGCAGCAGCAGUCUGGUUCCCUCCCCUCCAAGAAGAACAAGCAGCCAGCCCCAGCCAAAACUGUCUCCACAUUGGAUGUCUUACCUACCCAAGUCUAUUCACUGAUUGGGAGCAGCCCACUCCGUACCAACUCUUCCUAUAAUCCCCUGGUCCCUGUGCAGGAUCAGCCCCAGCCCAUCGUUAUCCCAGACACCCCCAGCCCUCCUGUGAGUGUCAUCACCAUCCGCAGUGACACCGACGAGGAGGAGGACAGCAAGUAUAAGCCCAGCAGCUCCAGCCUGAAGCCAAGGUCCAAUGUCAUCAGCUAUGUCACUGUCAAUGAUUCUCCCGAUUCCGACUCAUCUCUGAGCAGUCCGUAUUCUACAGACACUCUGGCUACCAUCCGGGGCAAUCCAGGGCCCCUCCUAGAAGGACCUGGCCGGGCUGUGACAGAUGGUCCCGGGGCACGAACCAUCAUUGUGCCACCCCUGAAAGCUCAACUUGGUGAUUGUACAGUGGCAACCCAGGCCUCAGGCCUCCUGACCAAUAAGACCAAGCCAGUUGCCUCAGUGAGCGGUCAGCCAUCCGGCUGCUGCAUCACCCCCACAGGGUACCGGGCACAACGUGGGGGAGCAAAUGUAGCACAGCCGCUCAAUCUUAGCCAGAACCAGCAGUCAUCAGCUCCAUCCCUGCAGGAGAGAAGCAGUAACCCUGCCCCCCGACGGCAGCAGGCGCUUGUGGCCCCGCUGUCCCAGGCCCCCUACACCUUUCAGCAUGGCAGUCCGCUGCACUCCACGGGCCACCCGCACCUGCCACCCCAGCCUCACCUGUACACUUAUGCUGCACCCAGCUCUGCAGCGGCCCUGGGCUCCACCAGCUCCAUUGCACAUCUCUUCUCCCCCCAGGGAUCCUCGAGGCACACUGCAGCCUAUACCACCCAUCCUAGCACCCUGGUCCACCAGGUCCCCGUCAGUGUUGGGCCGAGCCUUCUCGCCUCGGCCAGUGUGGCUCCUGCCCAGUACCAGCAACAGUUUGCCACCCAGUCCUACAUUGGGUCCUCUCGAGGCUCAACAAUUUAUACUGGAUAUCCACUCAGUCCUACAAAGAUCAGCCAGUAUUCUUACUUGUAGUCAGUGGGCAUGGGGGCAAGGGCAUGGUUAUCCUCUGUUUCUGACAUAGAGGUCUUGGAAGUGGGGAAUAUCAAGCCCUUCCCUUAACCCCACUUUAAAGCCCCCUGCUAGCCCUGUCCGGGGAGCCAGCCAAAGCAGAAGGAAGGUUGUUGGGUUUUUAUCCCCUGGGAAUCUGUCUCUGUGUUGAUGGCAUUGUUGUUGUCUCCCAAAGGCUGUGCUAUUUUAUUUUUUAAAUUCUUUGUUUUCUGACAGUGUUUCUGCUGAUUGAAGAGUUCAGCUCUCCACCUUCUGCAUAGGGGGCCAAACCCUUCUGUUACCAAGGGAGAGGGACCGUUUGAAGGUUGUCCCCUGGAAAAUACUUUAACUCUGACUUAGAUGCUUUAUAGAAAUGCUUUUAAAGACAGAUCCCUCUUUAUUUAACGCCAUAUUGUUGUAACUGCUGAUCAGAGGAAGAUGCUGAUAUAAGGAGACUAAAUUUUGAUCACAAGUGAGGAAAGAGGAAACUCUCAUUUUAAAUUUGUUUGAACAAAGGCUUGUCUGCCUUGUAGGUUUUAGCAGCAGCUUGCACGUUACUUGUAUGUUUGUAUCAGGCAUUCUCCCUUAAAAUAGAGUACACGUUUUAGCUUUAUGGACGUUUUUAAACUCUUGAUGUUUUAGUUUUGUCUUGGUGACUUGGAUUGUCCUCACUAGGCAGUGGCUGUUUCUGCAGAACUCGUUCCAUAUCACUUAGUGUUGCUCUUGGGGUGCUCUCAGUUACUUCUGUGCUUGAUAUAAAGCCGCGUGAUCAGGCAGCUCGCCAUUGGCUGGUAACUGAGUGUGGGGAAAAGCCACACCCAUUGUGAAAGGUUCCGUGUAUUUUUAAAUUAUUUUUUAAAAGUCUGUGAUUCAGCUUAACUUUUAUCAUUGCAAAAGCCAUUAAAUUAAGGUGAUUAUUAUUAUUAUUAUUAUUGUUGUUGUUGUUGUUAAUGUUAUUGUCUUUGCUGUUGUGUGGUUUUACCCUUCCUGUCUGAAUUCUCUCCAAGAUCUAAUUGUAUUAUGUGAUACUGGCGGAGGUGGGCCCGGCCUCACAGACUGUAAGGGAGGGGGAGCAGCGCUUAAGGGGUUUGUUUGAAAUUUUCAUUUGACACCGGAUCUCUCCCAGGACAGGAUUUCUUUACUAAGAAGCACAGGGCGUUUUUUUCCCCACUCUAUUUUUUUUCCCCCUCACCUUGCCUUUUAUUUUAUGUGAUUUGCUUGAAGAGGAAGUUAAAGGACAUGUUGUGGACAGCUUUUUAUACUUCAGAAAGAGUAGCUUCCUUGGUAUGUCAGCAGUGAACGGAAUGCUCUCUCAUUAAGACUUAUACAAUAUGUGCAUGUUGGAAUUGUGGAAAGAAAAAAAAAGAAAAAAGAAAAAACAGAUUUUAAAAAUUUAUUACUGAAUUUAAAAAUAUUUUAGAAGUUUUGUAAUGGUGGUGUUUUAAUAUUUUGCAUAAUUAAAUAUGUACAUAUCGAUUAGAAAAACUAUAACAAUUUUCCUGCUAACCCCAAAUGUUCUUUGUAAUCAAAAUGUGUAGUGACUACACUUGAACUCUGUACUUAGUGUGUGUGUCUGACCCUCCAAUGUUCCCCAGGGAUGGAAUUGAUGUCUCCAUUGUAUUUAAACCAAAAUGAACUGAUCUGUGUCAGAAUGUCUGUGAACAAAUUGCAGUUUUAGAGCACAUCACCGUAGCACUGAGUGAGAGAGCAGCGGAGGGAGGCACCCGCAAGGAGUGGAGACCUUUGGAUUGUUUUGCACAGGUGUGUGUGGUGAGAAGCUGUUUGGUGUGUGUCUCUUCCCUCCCCCCCCCCCCCCCCCCCGUGCGCGCCCAACCCCCCCCCCCCUUUUAUUGUAGUGCCUUAUAUGAUAACUGUAGUGUUUCAGCCCCGUGGACCCUCCACAGUCCACUGAGCUUUAUGUGAGCAGGAUCCGUAGCUAGCGUGUUGUGUAAAUGCAUUGUUCUCAGUUUCCCUGUCAGCAUUAAAAAAGAAUUAAAAGCAACUCUGCUUGAUUUUGAGCCUCAGCUAAUUUCCUCAGAAACUUUGCUUUUCAUGUGGCUCUCAUGCUGUGUAUUUGCUGCCUUGCUCCUGUGAGAGAGUUCAGGAAGCAGGUGAUUAAGAACCAAGCAAUAUUAGAAAUUUAAAAAAAAUUUUUUUCUAAAAGCAUGUGCAAUCACUUUUAGGAUGAAUUUUUUUUUCCAGUGUGGCACUCACUCUCCUGCUAAUAGUUGACAUUCCUUGUAAAAUAUUUGCUUGUUUGGGGGGAAUCAAACCUUAAAAAUUGAUGUGUUUAUACCAAAGAGCCUGUUGUGUAGCUCAUUGUGUCCCCGUUUCAUGAGGAGGAGCUUUGUGAUCCCACUGGUGACAGGGAACUCACAAGAGGUUUCUUAGUAGGAGUAAUAAUAGUAUCAAGAGGGAGCUGAAGCCCCAUGGGUCAUGAGGGAAUGUGUGAUUUCAGUUAGCAGCCUGUUUAUUCUUGGGGACCUUCGAGCUGUGGGAUUGUCCUUGUGUCCUGAGCUCCUUGCCCAAGUGAGUUGAGGGUAUUGAGGAGAGGAACAGUCAGGUCCUCAGAGUAUUUGGAGGUGGGAGGACUGGUUCUGUGUAGAGAUGGUGUCAGGGAGGUGCUGGAUGGAGACAGGAGAUUUCACUGGGCCCCGGGCAGUGAGCUCUGAGCCGGGGUGAACACUGAGGAGUUGUGGAGGUGUGUGGAGUCUCUUCGUUGUGAGAAGUCGGGGCUUCCGAGAUGGGACAGGUAGGCGGUCAUUUGUGUGGCCUGACAGGAGCUGGUCUGGCUUGUGUGUAUUUUUUAGUCAUUUCAUUAAGGUGUCUUUUUGGCACUGUCUGUGUCACAAUAGCUAAGCAGUCCCUGGUAUUGAAAAGGGGUUUUUAUUUUUGUUUUUUUUUUUUGGUCAACAUGUGUGAACUUCAUGUCUAUUUAUUGCCAAGCACAUGCUGAUUUUCUUACCCAGUACACAAGUUGUUUUCAAUGAAAUUCCUGUUCUUGUAACCUUGUUCUCCAGGGAACAGGAUUCGUGUGUGUGCGUGUGGUGUGUGUGUGUGUGUGUGUGUGUGUGUGUGGUGUGUGUGUGUUUGUUUUUUUCCAUAAAAACGACGAGAUGCAGAAAAAUCUACCCUCUCAAAGCCAACAAGUGGAUCUCAUUUAAAAUAUAAGCCUGACUCCACUGAGGAAGAAAUGACCAAUAUCGUGUGCAGUUAUAUUAAUUACGUUUCUAGAGUUGUGGCUUUAAGCAUAUUAGCAAUUCUCGGUCUGAGGCUGCAAAUUGGCAUUUUAGAUUGACCAAGAUUACAUUGCAUGUGCUUGCUGAGUAGGGUGUUAUCUUGAGAAAUGGCUUUAGACUGUCCUUGUAGCUUUGACCAGAUGAGGGAAACCUACUGAGCUUAGUGAGUAGUUGGGCUGGGUCAGAAUGACCUGAAAUCAAAUCAGCUUAAAGAAAUCUUGCCAAGCCUCAGGCCCUCCCUCAGAAGGUGCAUUUCUCCCAUCUCUUACUACAAGGCAAGAGGAAGCAGGGAGUCCUGUUGAAACUGCUGUCCUCUGUCUGUGGUGUGUGUUAUGUAGAGGCAGAGGCUACUGCAGGCUCUUCAGGAACCCUCAUGGGGUAACAGAGUGACCGUCAGUCCUGGGCUGGGAAUCCUGGACAGAGAACUGCAUUUUGGGCCAGUCCUGCCAAUUCUGAAGUGGCAUCUGUCUGUCUGCUCAUCUCUAGUCAGAGCAGUCAGGGCUGUCCUCAGCCGGCCACUCAGAGUGAUUAAUUUACACAUCUCAUUUCAUCACUGUUAUGCAGAAUCCAUUGGUUAGGAUGGUUUGUUUGGGGACAAGGCAUGAAAUGAAAUUGCCUCUCAGUGACAGGAAUGGCCUGAGCCUGCUUCCUUUUUGAUUUUUUUUUUUAAACUGAUGGAUGGUGCAGCAUGUCUACAUGGUUGUUUGUUGCUAAACUUUAUAUAAUGUGUGAUUUCAGAUUCAGCUUGAAAAAUAAUCUCACUACAUGUAGCAGUACAUUAUAUGUACAUUAUAUGUAAUGUUAGUAUUUCUGCUUUGAAUCCUUGAUAUUGCAAUGAAAUUCCUACUUUAUUAAAUGUAUUUGAUAUGCUAGUUAUUGUGUGCGAUUUAAACUUGCUUUCCCCGUUUUUCUGGUUGUGCUCUUCCUUUUACAAACCUCUAGAAACAGGUAGUUUCUGAGAAUUACUGAUCUAUGUUUGUAUUGCAGAUGUACUUAGGGGAUAUGUAAAAUAAUCAUUUUAACAAAAGAAAUAUAGAUAUUUAAAAUUUAAUACUAACUAUGGGAAAAGGGUCCAUUGUGUAAAACAUAGUUUAUCUUUGGAUUCAAUGUUUGUCUUUGGUUUUACAAAGUAGCUUGUAUUUUCAGUAUUUUCUACAUAAUAUGGUAAAAUGUAGAGCAAUUACAAUGCAUCAAAUAAAAUGGGUUAAUUUUCUGAUC